AUGCAUAGUGGACGUCCCCGAAAAACGUUUAACUUCGAGCGAACUUCGAGUAGCCAAGACUCAUUUCAAGAAAAUCUUAAUCAAAAUCGACGUGACCAUCAAGAAAACCUCGAUGAAAAUGAGUCUAGCCAGGUUUCUGUUCAAGAAUCGCUGCCAUCAGCUCGACCCACGCGUGCUGCUAAAGUAAUAUGUCUACAAAAUAUAUCCAAGAUUAUAAGUGAGGAAAGAUCCCAUGAUUUAAGGGUUUUACGAGAACGCAGUCAGUUACAACGAGCGGCUGAAGGUAGUAAGAAGAAAGAAGAACGGUUAGAAAAUUUACGUCAGCAUGCGUCACAACGGGUGGCCUGUGAAAGUGUUGAACAACGAGAGGAACGUUUGCAAGAUCUACGACAUCGUGCAUCUCAACGAGUGGCCUGUGAAAGUGCCGAACAACGUGAACAACGACUAGAAGAUCUGCGACAGCGUGCAUCUCAACGCGUUGCCUAUGAGACUAACGAACAACGAGAGCACCGCCUAGAAGAACAAAGGCGUCGAGAGGCAAGACGCCGCAGAGAUUUAGAAAUGAAUCACUUACCAACAUAUAAAUGCGCCGUUAGUGCGGAUGUCUCAUAUUAUACCUUAGGACCAUUUGAAAUUUUGUGUAUCCAUUGUGGUGCAUUGCAUUUUCCUGAGGAACGUGUUUCUAAUCGUGUAAAUAUUAAUUCUUUUGGCGACUGUUGUUUGCAUGGACGAAUUGUAAUGGAACCACCACAAUUUUCAAAUGAAUUAGCACGUCUCUUUCUGAACCGUCACCUGAAUUCGGAAGAAUUCCACAGAAGAAUAAGAAACAUAAAUGCAUCUUUUGCGCUAGCAUCUUUCAAUGUGGAAGAUGACAGAACAAUACAUAGCCAUGGCAUUUAUAGUUUUGUUGUUUGCGGACAGGUAUAUCAUAAAAUGAAUAUGACGGCCCAUCCGACGCAGAAUAUUCAAGGUGUCUUUGAGCGGCCACAGUACGGCCAACUAUACUUUUUAGAUCCUGAUAAUGCUGUUAGCGAACGCGUUCAUCAUCCGCUUAAUUCUGGAAUCAGUACCUCUCUGAUGGAGUUAUUGGAAUAUAUUAUUCGAGCGCAAAAUGGUUAUGUACAGGGGUAUAUAAUGAUGCGAGAGGUAGAGGAAGAAGUUAAUCGGCUAACUUUUGCCCAAGGAAUACCGCCACCACACGUUAAGCUUUUAUUUAGGCUGCCAGAGCAGGCUGAUCAUAGAAGGUUUAACAUACCCGCCUGUAAUGAGGUAUGUGCAGUAUUUACUCUUAAUGCUGAUCAGAGCUUUCCUGAUAACGAAAUGAUUGUUCAUCAGCGUAAUAAAAACAUUGUCAAUUUAAAGAAUAUUGAUAAACGUGUAGAGCCAUUUACUUAUCCAUUAUUUUACCCGGCAGGCACGGAUGGUUAUAGUACAGACUUGCAACUGCAAGAGCCAUAUGCUAGCCGCCGUAAUUUAACUCGGCUUGAGUUGGCACAAUACAGACUUUCGUUUCGGCCUGAGUUAAUUAAAUUCUUACUGGAAGUACCAUCAACACAUGAACCUGAUGUACGACAAAUUCCAUUUAAUGCACUUCAUUUCGGUGGCAGAUUAUUUCAACAGUAUUUAGUGGAUACUUACAUUCGCGUUGAGCGUGACCGCAUUCAAUGGAUAAAAUGCAAUCAAAACAAGAUCCUCGUAGAACAAUAUACGGGAGUAGCUCGUUUCAUUAAUGAACUAGCCGAAAAAAAAAAUGCCAUAAUUGGUGAAAAGAUAAUUUUACCAUCCUCCUUUCCUGGCUCGACAAGAUAUUACACAGAGCAUUUUGAAGAUGCAAUGGCUAUUGUUCGACAGCUUGGAUCGCCUGAUUUCUUUAUCACCAUGACAUCGAAUCCUAACUGGCCAGAAAUUAAACAGGCAUUGCGAAUAGAUUUAGAAGACGGGACAACCUUAGAGCAGCUUCCACAGAAUCGUCCUGAUAUCGUGGCCCGAGUUGCUAAGUUAAAAUUCGACCAAAUAAUAGAAGAUUUGGACAAAAAACAGAUCUUUGGAAAGGUAUCGGCUUUUGUAUAUACUAUAGAAUUUCAGAAAAGAGGGUUACCACAUAUGCAUUUACUGGUGAUUAUGUCCUCUAAUGAUAAGAUUCAUCGACCAGAAGAGCUUGAUGACUUGAUUUCAUCCGAAAUACCAGGAAGUUACGACUUAGAGUUAAGACAACUGGUACUGAAAUGGAUGAUUCACAACCCAUGUGGAGAGCAUAAUCCUAAUGCGACAUGCAUGGCUAAUAAAAAUGGAACAACAAAGUGUCGCUUUGACUUCCCUAAAUCGUUUCAGGAAGUAACAACUUUGGUCGAUGAUGGUAAACCGAAUUACCGACGCCGCUACAAUCCACAGUUGGACCCUCAAAGUCCCCAGUUUUUACAUGAACAAGCCGUUUAUCGUAAAGAUAUCAAUGGUCAUCGUAUAACAAGGGAUAAUCGCCAUGUAGUUCCCUACAACGCAUAUUUAUUGAAAAAAUUUAACUGCCAUAUUAACGUUGAGUAUGUAGGGAGUAUUUUGGCUGUAAAAUAUCUUUACAAAUACAUUUAUAAAGGACACGACUGCGCAUCGAUUAAAGUUGUAGAAGAACAAAGAACGCUAAUUUAUAAUGAGGCAAACACAUACAUUGAAGGACGCUCUGUCACGCCACCAGAAGCAUGUUGGCGAUUAUUUGCUUUUGAAAUUCAAAAAAAAAGUCAUAGUGUUCAAAGAUUGAACAUACAUUUACCAGGUCAAUAUCGAAUCGCAAACUUAGAUCAAGCCCAAGAAGAUCUGGCCGAUAUUGGUCAAAGAGGAUCCACUUUAGAAGCAUAUUUUAGACAUAAUAAAAAAAUUAAACAACAGAGAGGACUUAAUCAGUUAAAUGAACAUUUGGAGAAUAUGGAGUAUCAUUAUUAUUGGCAGAUGCCUGAACAUUUCCGAUGGAUCGGAAGGUCAAGUGAAUGGGUGCAAAGACGUCGUCAAUUGCGAGUCAUUGGUAGGAUUCACAAUGUGAAAUACAUUGCCCAACCGGAACUCUACCAUUUGCGAUUGUUACUGUAUCACGUAAAAGACGCAACAAGUUUCGAAGACCUUCGAACUGUGAAUGACACUCAGUAUGAGACAUAUAAGCAAGCCUGCUUAGCGCGGGGUUUAACCUAUGACGAUCAACAAUGGAUAGAAGGUUUGCGAGAAUCUGCAGUAUCUAAAAUGCCUGUAGCAAUGCGAAGCCUUUUUAUACAAAUAUUAAUUUACGGAUCUCCCGAAAACCCAAAGCGACUAUGGGAAACAUUUAAAGAACAUUUGGCAGAAGAUUUCAUAUACGCAGCCCGACGAAAUGGACAGUCUGUAGAAAAUGCAGUUAGGCGCGCCUACAGAAUUAUUGCCCAUAAAUUGAACACCGAAGCAACAGAAGGGAGAAAUUUCAAAUACUGGGUACAAACUUUUGGCUUUGAGGACAUUGAGGGUUACGAUAUGGAAAACAAUGAGGCUACUCUGAACACAGAUGAAUCAGCGGUCCUAGGAGAGCAAAUGUAUCAACUGCUUAGAGGAAAACAAAUAGAAAUCGUCGAUGCCAUUCUUCAAGCUGUGAAUGAUGCAAAUAUUGAAACAGCAAAAUGCUUUUUCAUUGAUGGUCCAGGGGGCACUGGAAAGACUUUCAUCUAUAAAACUCUCUACUACAUGCUCACUGGAAAACGAUGCAAUGUAAAAUGCAUGGCAUUUACAGGUAUUGCUUCCAUAUUGCUGCCUAAUGGUCGAACUUCUCAUAGAACUUUUGGAUUGAAAGUACCACUAACAUCAGAUUCAGCGUCGAGUAUUAAAUCAGGAUCAUCGAAAGCCAGAAAAUUAGCAGAAGUAGAUAUUUUUCUGAUGGAUGAAGCCCCGAUGCUUCCAAAAUAUGGAUUGCAAAAUAUUGACCAACUGUUAAGAUCCAUUGGAAACCCGGAUCUUCCCUUCGGUGGAAAAGUAAUAGUACUAGGGGGAGAUUUUCGGCAAUGUCUGCCUGUACAGCCGCGAGCAAAUAAAAGUGAAUUAUUAGAUCUUUCUAUUAAAAGAUGUUCUUUAUGGUCGCGUUUCAAGACGUUUACGCUAGAAGAAAACAUGCGCGUUGAUAUAGAGCAACGGCAAUUUGCUGAAUAUCUCCUAAGGUUAGGCAACGGCGAAUUACCAUUAAAUACAAUGGAAGAAAUUGAAUUAUCACAAGAUAUCAUUUCAAAUACCAAUCUAAUUGAUGAAGUGUUUGGAAGUUGCUUCGCCAGUGAAAAUUAUGAGGGAAUGAAAGACAGAGCAAUACUCGCGCCACUCAAUAAAGAUGUUGAUAAAAUUAACGAUAAGAUCAUUGCCAAACUUCCCGGAGAGUACAAAAUCUACCAUAGUCAUGACUCGAUAAAAGAUCAACCGGAAAGAGCACUCGAAUUCACAACGGAAUUCCUUAAUUCAGUCAACAUUUCAGACUUGCCACCACACGAAUUAAAACUGAAAAAAAAUGCAUUAAUAAUGCUGCUGCGUAAUUUGGAUGCAUCAGAAGGUCUAUGCAACGGAACCAGGCUUAUUGUGACAAGCCUGUGUAAUAACAUAAUAAAGGCAAAAAUCGUUACUGGUGAACAAUCUGGCAAAGAAGUACAUAUACCUAGAAUUACGUUGGACUCAUCAAAAGGUCAACUCGGAUGUACCAUGCAGCGACACCAAUUCCCAGUAAGACCUGCAUUUGCCAUGACAGUACAUAAAGCUCAGGGCCAAACUUUUGAAAAAUUAGUUGAAAGUAUGAUGGCAAGAAUUCCUGCAGUUAUUAAGGCAAAAGGAGAUAUGACCAGUUACUGA